AUGAGUCAUUUUCAAAAUAAUCCUUUUUCAAAUAAUAGUAGAGGAAGUUCAGGUAGUUAUGGUAGUUUAAAUAAUAAUUAUAAUAAUAAUAAUAAUAACAGAAGGACUAUCAUUCAAAAUGGACAAGUUAGACAAAUAAAUACAACACAUAGAAGUAAUGAACCAAAGGAUGAUGUAGAUAUACAAUUUCUUACAUUUUUUACAGUUGAUAGUUUUAAAAGAAUGGGAAAAAAUUAUUGGAAAUUAUUAGUAAAAGUGCUACUUUGGAUGGCAAUUCAAUAUUAUUUCAUUAAAAUAGAAUUUGGUGCAGUUUUUUUUGUUUUUUCUUGUUUUGCAUUAAUAUUAUUGAAUCUUGGUAAAAGAGAUAAAAAUUCAUUAAGUGCAUACAAUGUUUUCAAUAAAAACUUUGAAAAUAUUUUAUUAAGUAAGAGUAAAGAAAGUUUGGAAAGGGAUUUAGGUAGAAAUACGAUGUAA